AUGUUUCCAAGGUUGCAGUCUCUCGGAAUUGCCAUUUUGUAUCAUAUGGAUUUGAUUCCACACUAUCAUUCUUCGAGAAUAGUUGACGACAACAAUACUGGUAUGGGAACUCUUAACAUGCCAAUGAAAGUGAAAGCAGAAGAGGCAUUGGCAUUUGAUGUACAUGGCGGUGGCAAAUACGAGGAUGGUGACAACAACAACAACAACAACAACAAUGAUAAUGUAUCACUGGAUGCAUUGGGUCAAGACUUUACCUAUGGACUGCCGAAGAGGUUGCCAGGGGAUUGCAAAACUAUUUGA